AUGAAGAGCAAACCAGUAAAACAUAAAACAGCGAAUACAUUUCGGUUUAUCCCUUUUGCCGAGAGGAUCAAUGGCAUAGACAUCCGCCAUGCGGCUCUGUAUCACAUUGAGCAUGUGUAUGCAAAACAACCAGAUGAAAAUGAAACACAUUUCUCUCUGGCACUACAGAAAUGGUACGGACUUAACUUGACAGAAAAUUUUAAAAGAUUCCGGAAGGAAGUAUUUGGCAUAGUAACUGUGCCACAAUUAGUACACCGCAAAGAGGAUGUUGUAGUAAUAUUGGAGAGGUAUUUAAAACUGGAAGAUGGACUCUGUCUUCAACCAUUGCUGGAGAUUCUUGUUUCUAUAGCAAAGGAUUUAAGGAGUGACUUUUACCCAUAUUUUCCAAGAUUUCUAGACAUACUUAUAAAAUUAUUGGACACAAAAGAUGCAGAGAGGUUGGAAUGGACACUAAUAUGUUUAGCUUUUCUUUUCAAAGUUUUAAAACCGUAUUUGAAGAAAGAUAUAGCCAUUGUACUAAAACGAAUUAUACCACUCCUUAGUGAUAAUCAACCACAGUACAUUAACAAUUUUGCAGCUGAAAGCUUUGCUUUUGUUACUCGUGAUAUAAGAGACAAGAAAAAGUUCAUCGAACUAUUACUUAGUUACUUGAAAAGAAAUGAAGAUGCAAUAACUGGAUGUGGACAUCUCAUAUUCGAAAUAAUUAGAGGUGUGAGUGGUAAAUUUCAUAACUGUAUAGAUGUUUUCUUACCAGUAUUACUGCAACACCUGAAAGAUAAUAAAGAACACCAAGAUAUUCUAUUCAAGGUACUCACUCAAACUUUUGAGGAUAGUUUGCAAACCAUAGCACCAAAAGAAUACAGUGUAUUCUGGGAAAGUGCACUAAAGUUCUGUGAAGAUGUAUUGAAAGAUGAUGAAAGUAAAGGUUUAGAGUAUAUUUUGAGACUCGCAGGUCAAAUCAUUGAACACAAUGAUGGAAAAUAUUUGACAAACCCACCACAAUUUGUUCUACUCUUGGUGAAGGUAAUAUGUGAACAAUCAUCAGAGAAUGUACUGGAAGUGUGUGCACAGAUUGGAGCACUACUACUUCUGUCAUCAAAUAUAUCACUGUCUCAAGAACAUGCGGGAAUAAUUGUUAAAGUUCUACUCCCGCUACCAUAUCCUACAAUUUUAAUUAAUUUUGUUCGAAAUGUGAUUGAUUAUCCUCAGUUUGAUAUGCAUAUUUUACCACCAUUUCUGAAUUUCGUUAUACAGUCUGGUUUCGACAAUGAAGCAAUGAGUACUCUAACUAAAAUAUGCCUGAAGAAGUCUCCAUUAUCUAAAAAUGGUAUAAAACUUUUUGAUUGGGUCAAGUACCCAAUAGAUUUUGGAAAAUGUCUUCCACAUUUCAUGGAACAUUUUGACAGUGUUCUCAAUGAUGAUAUUCAUAACAUUGUGCAGAGUCCAAUGAAAUUAAUGAAUGUGUUGUUUUGCUUGCCACAUGUAGAAAAAAUUGAUGUAAAUCGAUGUUUAAAGACAAUCUGUGGACUUAUUUCUAAAUUACUAAAUAUAUUGUUGACUUACAAUAUUGAAAAUCAGCCGGAAUAUAAUAAAUAUCAUUGUGACAUAACUGCUAUUUCUAGAUGCGGCAGAUUGAUUCUAUUUAUAAUAGCAAAUUCUUUGGAGAGUGCUAUUCAUAUAUCCAGUUGUAAGAGAUUGAAAGAGAUAUGUGAUAUUGAAGUAUUGUUACCUGCAGUACUGCCUUGUGCUGCAGAUCCUAAUUAUGUGUGUGCAUUGCAUUUAUUAGAUUUAUACUUGACAGCAUAUGAACAUGAGAAUGGAUUAACAUAUGCUUAUUUGUCAUUGGUGGAUUCAUAUUUAAGAAGUAAUGUGUCAUCUCCCUUCCACAUUGUUCGCUUAUUAACUACACAUAUUUAUAAGCUAUUUGAAAAUGUUGAAGAAUUGAAUAAGACUGUAGAAGUAGGGGGUAAUGUAGAGCGCUUCUCAGUCUUCAGUAGAUGUUACACGAUUGAAUCCACUAAUCCUUCCAUCCAGGAAUAUAGAAGUCAAAUAAACAUGUUGCAAAAGAUGUCAUUUAACUCCAUUCAGUAUGAACUGACAAAGGAAACAAACUUUAAAUAUUUUCCUUUAAGUUAUAUGCUUGGCGUUUUAUAUAUUAACUUUAAGUUAUUGUGGGAGCCAGUUUCUGAGUUCAUAGCUGGCUAUGGAAAUUCUCUAAGUGUUGACGAAUUCUGGCCCACUUUCCACAAAGCAUUGGAAUCGUCAUUUGUAAAUGCCAAAAGAGAUCUGAAAACCUUUCAAUUUGAUAAUGAAAUAGAAAGCAAUUAUGAAGUUCUUAUAGAUUUGUAUGCAAGUUAUAAUAGCAUUUCAGAAAGACCUGACUUGUAUAAUUACAGAAAUUUGAUAUUGAAAAUUAUGACGAAUUGCAUACAAGCUUGCGAAGCCAGAAAUCGUGAUGUAGUCGUAUUAUUCUUGAACUUUAUUGAGGAUGAAUAUAAAAGGAAUGAUAAUACUAAUGCUUUGAAAAUUGAUGUCGAAAUUCGAGAUAAUAAUAAAAUAGAGGUUGAUGAAGAGAACCCAGAACAUACAGAAGAAAUUGUUGAACCUGAUAAUCCUAAAGAAACUGCGUCUGGGAAAAUAAUAUUUAAAACUCUUAUUGGUGUAAUGCAAGUAUUAGCUCAGUUCAAGAACCCAAGAGCUCUUUAUAAAGAACCUAUAUUUUGGGAACUCUACAUGGAAUUUUUAAAGCAUAAGAAUCCAGGGCUUCAGAAAUAUGCAUUAGAUUGUGUUUUGAAUUACAAAAAUAAAAGUGUUAUUCCUUACAAAAGCAAUCUUUACAAUUUAAUAGAUGAAAACAAACUUAAAGAUGAGUUAACUCAAUUUAAAAUAACUGAGGAUUCAAAAAGUAUUCAACCAGAAGAUAGAGAACAUGUUGUGCCUAUUAUUUUGAGAAUUUUGUAUGGAAAGAUGACAACUAAAUUAGGCGCGGAUAAAAAAGGUGGUGGACAAACGAGAAGAUCACUAGUAUUGCGAUAUUUAGCCGGCUGUAAUGAGAAUGAAUUAAAAAUAUUUUUAGAAAUGGCAUUCUCACAUUUUAGACAGUACAUGACAAUGAAACCAAAGGAAAUUCUGGAAAAUAUUGCAACUAAUUUAGAUUUGAAAUCUAUUGUAAGUCCUGGCAAACUUCACAGUGUUUUGAAUCUAUUUGAAGUUGUAAUAGAGUACUUUGGAGGGUAUAUGAAGGAUGCAUUAUUAGGCCAAUUGUUCACAGUCUAUUAUGCUAUAUGUUCCACAUUAGGAAGUGUUUUGGCUCGUGGUGAGAAAGUUCAUAUUGGUUUCGUUAAAACUUUGAAAAAUCUCAGAAUUGUAUCUGUAAGUAUUCUUAGAAAAAUGUUUGAACAAUUUGAUAAAUAUGUAUGGAAUGAAGAAGAAUUGUAUGUUAUGUAUGAUACAGUACUGUGGCCAUUGAUUCCAAAACUACAUAUUGAUGGUAUUCACACCCCAACUGUAAUACUGAAAUUGUUCAAUACUUGGUGCCUGAAUCCUAGAUAUUACACUUUACUAAUUGUAUGCUCGGAAAAAGACGAUUCUAUGAGUCCAUUGCAAUCAAUUUUUAAACUUUUGUUAGCUUCAAAAACUAGUCCAGGUGUAGUUAAUAUGAUUCUUGAUAUGAUAGAAAAACUUCUUACUCUAACUGAAGAUGAAGAAGAUACAGCAGUACCACCUAUUGAAUGUUUUCAAAAUGUAUUUGUUGAUAGUGUUGAAAAAUCUGAGGGAGUAACUGUAAUCAAUUUCGGAAGUAAAAUAUUGAUCCCACAUGUCGCCUCUAUAUUAGAAGUGAUGAAAAGACGAUUUGCAAAUACAGCAAAGUCCAAUACAGUGAAUAAAAGAGACUUAUUGAUUCUAUCAAGAGUUACAGAGUUGGUAGCGAAGCCAGAAUUAUGUGAUGAAUUAUUGAAUCUAUUAUUACCAAUAUUGGUAAAGAAAAUUUGUAUGAAUAUGGCGGAAGAAAAUAUGGAAUAUGCCGUCACUACAAUAAUAAACUUGUUAGGUCACAGCUCUAAUCCACAGGUAUAUUUGAAGCAUAUAGCAGUUUUAUUUAAUAAAGUUUCUCCAGUUGAAGUUAGAAAAUUGCUUAUAAAACUUCUAUUUUCUAUUUCUGAAAAUUCGAAAACAAAUGUUGUACUUAGUCAAUUAGCUAAUGUAGUUUCGGAAAUGAAUGCUUACAACAAAAGAUGGAUUGAACAGCCGGAUUUCGAUAGGAGGUUGGAUACUUAUAAAACAAUAUAUCAACUAUCAGAAAACAAUCAAAUUGAUAUUGAUCUGGCAAUAUUAAUUGUUAAUAAUUGUUUUUAUUUCAUUCGCACUGAGAAAGAUAUUGGGUUACGUGAUAGCGCUGCCUUAUGUUUGAAGAGAAUAUUACCCAACUUGCUUAUGAAGUACCGAUCGACUACUGAUGGUCAAUUUCUUGUUCGUGAUACCGUUCUGUCUCUGAUAUCUAAUGGAAUUAGAGAUUCCAAAAAUGAAAUUUUAAGAAAUGAAUCUAUUGCUUUAUUGGGAAACCUGGCUAGAGAAUGUCCAGACGUCGAUGUGGUCAUAUCAGAUUUGGCACAGUUAACAAAUAAUGAGGAUAGAGAAGUAGAUUUCUUUGACAAUAUGUGUCAUCUGCAAAUGCAUAGACGAGUUAGAGCGCUCUUAAAAUUCUGUAAAGUAUCAAAGAAAUUAACUAAAUGUCAUACACCUAGAACUCUCACAAAUUUCAUUUUACCUUUAGCGACUAUGUAUAUUUGUGAUGAUAAAUACACUGAUAAGAAUACAUUAAUAGAUGCAUGCAUAGAUGUGAUUUCUACAUGCUGCAGAUUACUUCCUUGGUAUCACUAUGAAGUUAUUCUAAAACUCUAUUUAAACAAAAUUCGUUAUUCUACAGAACAUCAGAAACAGUUAACUCGUAUACUUAUAGGAGUUAUUGAUGCAUUCCAUUUCGACUUUUCAAAGGUUGAGAAUAUUGAGUUACCUAAAGCAUUAAUCGCAAAUUUGGAAUUAGGAAAAGUUCAAACAAAGUUAAAAGCUGAUGAAAAUACUAAUAAAGUAGAUAAUGAUAAAGAAGAUAAAACUGAAGAUCAAAGCAAUUUAGAAGAACAAGUUGCAGAAGUGAAUAUUGAAAAUGAAUUGAAAGAAGCAGACAAGGAACUUGAGGAAGAAGAAACUUUCAGAGAUGUAAAUAAUGUUCCAGCUUUUGAAAGGAUAACAAGUGUCUCUCCUUCCGUAGCUAAAAGAAUUAUCAAGUCUCUAUCUGCUGGAUUGCUUCCUCAGUUGAAUCGGGCAAUAGGCAAAAUGACUGAUCACGAAGAGUCUCAUAAGUUGAAUCGUCGCCGUAUGGGUUUGGAGCGGCAGGAGGAAGAUAUGCUACGUGUGCCCAUUGCUUUAGCCCUCGUAAAGCUGCUGCAGCGAUUACCUGGAGAUUUGCUCAGACAUCAGCUGCCAGGAAUAAUUAUAAAACUUUGCUCAUUUCUCAAAUCACCUUUGAAACAAGUAAGAAUAGCGGCAAGGGAUAUCGUAAAGAAAAUUAUGAUCACUGUCGGAACUUCAUAUCUUGGUAUUUUACUUGAACACCUUACAAUAUUACUGACAAGAGGAUUCCAAGUUCAUGUGCUAGUGGCCACCAUUCAUACAGUAUUAGAUGCUUUGAAAUCUGAUUUCAAGUCUGGGGAAUUGAAUGAAAAUCUUCAUUACAUUCUUGAUGUGUGCACAAACGAUCUUUUUGGAGCGUUGUCUGAAGAGAAAGAAAUAGAUAAGUUACACUAUAAAACACCAGAAGCAAAGCCAAGUAAAAAAAGUUAUGUUACAUUGAUGAUUGUGUCACAGAAUAUAACUGAAAACUAUCUCAUAAACCUGUUAUUGCCUUUUAAAGAGGUUCUGCAAAAGCAUCAUUCGAAGAAAACGGUAUUAAAAGUACAAGAAGCAUUACUGCAUAUCUCUAGUGGUUUGGUAACAAAUAAGUUCAUUGAAAUAGAAUCACUAUUUGUUUUUCUUCAUGGUAUAGCGUCAGAGAGUAUACCAGAAUUCGUAUUGAACGCCCCGAAGAGAGUGAUCACCGAGGCGCAGAGGGAAAAGAUGAUACGCGCGAAACCAGAUUGCUUUAUUAUACCUGAAAUCCCAAAACGCAAUAGGGAAGCUCAAGCAAAAAAUGUUAAAAUAUCUGGAAAAGCCAAUGCUCAUGUAUUGGUGGAAUUCAGUUUGAAUAUACUGUAUAUAUUGCUUAAAAGAGAAAAGGCCCCAAGAAUGGAUUGUAGAGCCUUUGUAGAUCCAUUGAUAUCAUUGUUGGUGGAUGCUCUGAAAAGUGACCAUGUCAAAGUAACUACUGUUGCGAUGAAGUGCAUAUCGACGUUGUGGACAAUCAGAGUCAGUACACCGACUUUAGAGGAAAUGGUUCAGGAUAUUGUAAAAACGAUAUUCAUGAUAUUGCAUAAAUAUGCGACUUUCGAAAUCAGUAAGCAAAAUGACAAUUAUCAUUUAGUGAGGAACGCAUUUAAGGCAGUGACUGCAUUAGUACGUAAUGUAAAAUAUUAUAAAUUAGAAGCGGAGCAAUUAAAAACUCUACUAUUGUAUGCGGAAGAAGAUUGUCAGAAUGAUGAGAAACAAGCCAAUUCAUUUGCUCUACUUAAAGCAAUCCUAGAUGCUAGAUUGGUAUCGACCGAACUCCAUGAGGUGUUGCAGAAAGUCUCAAAAAUUUGUAUACUCAGCGAAUCGGCAAGAUCAAGGGAUGAAGCACGUACAAUAUUUGUAAGCUACCUAACUAACUAUUCACCUGGAAAACGAAUGGAUAAGUACGUCCAGUUCUUUGUUUCACAACUCAAUUACGAAUUGCAACACGGCAGAGAGUCCUCCCUCAAGUUUUUGGAUAUGAUCAUCAAUAAGUUACCUUUUCCGCAACUUUCGAAGCAAGGCGACUAUCUACUGUUAGCUCUGGGUGCGUCAAUGUUAAACGAUCCAGCGCCGGAAUGUCGGGCGUCAGCUGCCGCUUGUAUCGAAGCGAUGCUUAAGAGGUUUCCCCUCGUGGAGAGGAAUAAACUCUUCCAAUUGGUGCUCAAAUUCUUUGAAGAUACGCAGGCGAUACAUUUCGAGCUCGCAGCUCAAUUGAGCAUCAGAUUCGUGAACGUCGAACAAAAAGAAUUCAAGAACCGCUUAGACCCCAUCCUGUCUAUAAUAGGCAGCAAAAUAUUACUUCUUAGUAAUGACGUAACUGAAGGUCGCUUCGUCAAACUACGGCUGGAAGAAUCCGAGGACAAAACUGACGAAGACAAGCUGAAAGAAAGAGAUCACAGCUUAAUACAGAUAAUGAAUUUAAUCGACGCAAUAACAAUACAUUGCGAGUCUAGUAUGAAAAGUAAGAAACACAUGUAUGAUUUCGACGAGUUAGCGCAGCAAUGUCAAGCGUUACUGGCUUAUCCUCACGCUUGGGUGAGACUGAAAGCAGCUAAGAUACUUGGUGCUAUAAUAUCUUCUGUGGAUCCUGGGGAAUUAGACAUGAUUGUCAAGGGAAAAGUGGAGUCUGAAAGAGGAUUUAUAUACUACGAUACAGAAGAUGCAAUUAGGAGUAUUGUAUUAGAUCUUUGUGCCCAGUAUACGCCGAACGUGACUGAGGAAAUGUCUGAACAAGUGACAGCAGUGUUGUUCCUUAUUCUUAAACUUGUCCACACAAUGUCGGGUUUCAAAAUUGGAAAUAAUACAGACGAAGACGAACAUACAGAAGGUCAUAAGGUCAACAUAAGGUGGAUACUAUUCAAAACGAGAAAAGCUAUCAACGCGGAAGUCGCUAAGGCUCCCAAUUCAGUGAAUAUUAGAUCGUCUGUAUUUACAAUGUGGAUGCACGUAAUUGGUAUAUUAGAAACCGAAGAACUCAAUAAAGUCGUAAGCGUAUUGUUACCACCAAUAGUACGGGAAUUGUCCACUGGAGAUGCGCAGGCGCCGGCGUCGCUCCCCAAACAACUGGCGGGAAGGCUUGGCAAGAAGUUGAGACGGAAGAUAGGAGAUAUAGAAUAUGGAAAAAUGGUUUCUGAAGUCCAAAUGAAGUUGAAUAUUAAGAGGGCUGAGCGGAAAAAGAUAUUACUGCAAGAGAAAGUGAACAAUCCAGAGAGAGCAGCCAAAAGGAAAUUGCAAUUAAAGGAGAAAAAGAAGCAAUCUAAGAAGAUUAAAUUGGAGAUGCUGCACGGCAAGCGGCCGAGAGCUAAAAAACGGAAAGCUGAGGACGUAGAUCUAGAAGAUGAAUUGUUGAAGGAUCACGACUGAAUCUAUAACAAAUAUAUAUAAAUAAACAUCUAAGAAUCCGCCUUAUAUGCAUACCUAGAAAUUGCAAUUGAUUUUUGCAUUACUUGAUUGAAUUCAUGUAAAUGUAAAUAUUAGAUCAUUGUUAUUAUUAUUAGUUAUAAGAUUGUUAUUAUGACAAUAAAUUAUAUAUUUUUAUGUAGUA